UUGUAGGUUGGGUGGCCUUUUUUUUUCCUUCUUUUAUCAAGUGGGUAUUCCUUUUAUCUUGUUUUCUCUGCUGGUGUGUGAAGGCGGAGAGAGCUUAAGAUGGAAAAGCUUUCUGGGUUGAGACACCUAUUUAUGACUGUUUUUCUCUUCAAUUUCGCCACGUUCAUGGUGAUUCCGGCCAUCACCGACGUCACUAUGGCUGCGCUUUGUCCCGGAAGAGAUGAGUGCUCCAUCGCCAUUUACCUCACCGGAUUUCAACAAGUGAUAAUAGGAUUGGGAACACUGGUGAUGAUGCCUCUGGUGGGUAAUCUGUCGGAUAUGUAUGGGAGGAAGGCUUUGCUCACGAUCCCAAUGUGUCUCACUAUUAUCCCCUUAGCGAUAUUAGCUUGGAGUAGAAGCAGGAAUUUUUUUUACGCGUACUUCGUGCUAAAGACGCUUACUUCUAUGGUUUGCGAAGGAAGCGUACACUGCCUCACCCUGGCUUAUGUGGCGGAUAAUAUUCCGGAGAUUCGACGAGCGUCAGCAUUUGGAGUUCUUUCCGGGGUUGGAUCAUCUGCAUUCGUUUGCGGGACUCUCUCUGCUCGUUUUCUCAAAACUUCUUCCACGUUUCAGGUUGCCGCGUCGGUUGCGGCGGUGGCGGCUGUGUACAUGAAGCUGUUCCUUCCGGAUUCGGUCAUAAAGGACGGCGUUUUGGAUCGGGCAAUCUUAGAGCAAAAGCCUUGUGUCAUUCAUUUGGAUGGGGAAUCCGCUCAGGACUCGCCAGUAUUCAAAUCAAUGCCAUCGCUGGAUGAUAUGCUCUCCUUGUUGCAGACCAGCUCCACGUUUACAAAAGCCGCAAUUGUCGCCUUCUUCAGCAAUCUUGGGGAUGUUGGCCUUCAUACUUCGUUAAUGUACUACUUAAAGGCCCGCUUUCACUUCAACAAGCACCAGUUUGCGGACUUGAUGAUGAUUUCUGGGAUUGCAGGCACAAUAUCACAACUGGUUCUUAUGCCCAUAUUGGCUCCCACCAUAGGAGAGGAGAAGCUGCUCGCAAUAGGGCUCCUCUUUAGCUGUUCACAUAUGUUUCUUUACAGCAUCGCCUGGUCCUUCUGGGUCCCUUAUGCAGCCGCUAUGUUCUCCAUUUUGAUUGUUUUUGCGCCACCAUGCAUUCGGAGCAUAGCAUCCAAACAAGUCGGUCCCAGUGAGCAGGGGAAGGUGCAAGGGUGCAUUUCGGGCAUAUCUUCCUUUGCUCAUGUCGUUUCUCCCUUGGCUUUCACUCCUCUGACAGCUCUGUUCCUCUCUGACGGAGCACCAUUUAAUUUCCCUGGUUUCAGUAUCAUGUGCAUUGGAUUUGCUUCGAUGAUAGCAUUCCUUCAGAGUUUAACGAUAAGGGCGGCUCCUCCGAUUUCAAAUAAAAAAGUUGGUAACUGCAGCUACACGGAGGCCUAGUUUUUAUAGGGCUAUAAAUGGCGUCCAUGCACUGUGACUGUGGGGCAACUCUUUAUUUUCCGUUAGUUCUGUGAAUUCUGGGGGAUGAUGAAGUGGAGGGAAACCUUUAUUAUUGCUGAGUUACCUUCUGCUGAAAGAAGGCCAUGCCAAAAAUCCAAUUUUGGGAGCAGUGAUAUAACAAUCACGCUCGCCAUUGGAUGCUUAUAAAAAUGCCUGUUUUUGUACAUCAUAAUUCCAAGUAUACACUAUUAUUAGCUAAGUAGUAUCCGGAUUUUCUUUCCUCCA